CCGACAAGAACCACGCUGAACCGCAAGUUUGUUUUCUCCCGGGUUUUCAGUCUCGAUGAGUAACGUGCACGAUGCACGAGUACCUUGCGUUCAAUAAAAAUAGGAUAAAAAUAGUUCGUCUCAAUACUUGACAAGCCCCGAAAUCGUAAAGGAUGGCAGUAUACCACGACGAGAUCGAAAUCGAAGACUUCGAGUACGACGAGGAGGAGGAAAUGUACUACUAUCCCUGUCCGUGUGGGGAUCGGUUUCAGAUCAGCAGGGAGGAACUGAUAGCGGGCGAGGAGGUUGCAACCUGUCCGAGCUGUUCCCUGAUCGUGAAGGUCAUCUACGACCGGGAGGCGUUUCAGGAGGAACAGGACCAAGAAGAGACAGUAACCGCCUCCGACAAGGAUAAGGACAAGGAGGUGGCUUAACGGAGAGGUAGCUUUACAGUUUUGUGUACAUAUUGGUUGCAACAGGAAAGUUUCUGUUUGUAUGAGUUAAUUUUAGAGUAAACAUCGUUCAAUAAAACGAUUA